GUGACCCCCUUGCGGCGCCCUCGCUUCUGGCUAGCCCUUUUGCUUUUGCUUCUCGACCAAGGCAACAGCAACCCCGGCUUCUCCACUUCGCUCUCUAGUAGAUUGACAGUCGCAAACACAACAUGCUGAUACCGUCUGUUGUGAGUCCCGUGGAAGAAGCUUGAUCAAACUCGACCGCCCCAGUAUACUUGUAAUGGCCGACAGUCACGAAACGUCUCGAAGCGUGUCCAGCCGGGACAGUAGCCCUGUCACGGUGCGACACGCCUCGUCCACGUCGAUAUCCUCGAUACCUACUCUUCGGAAACAGCCCUCGGCCACCUUUGCCCCCUCUGAAAGCCCCCGCUCAUCGAGGAAUCCGUCUCCCGUGCGAUCCGCCAUGCGCCAACACGGCACUCCUCCAGCGUCAUCCGUCCAAGGCAGAGCGGGCUUGCUACGCUCCCGUCAGAGCAGCCACGACACCAGUCCUCACCGCACUCCGGCUUUGUCUACGCCCACCUCGGCCCCUUCGGCUGCUGCCAUCCAGCGUGCCCUCUCUGCUGCCAGCAUUCCGCAACUCCAGCAGACGCAACAGUCUCAAUCUCCCAACUCCGUCACCGACGCUGUCACUCGUCUUACUGCUCAGAAACGUCCCAUUGCUACAGCCUCUGGCGAGAGCACCCCGACCUUUGCGCCACCCUCGCCUCGACUAAAGUCUCCUCCUCCUGUGUCUGUUCGCUCUCGCAGGAAUUCCGCGUUGGUACAAAAUCAAAAACCUGCUCCUCCUUCCAUUGUCGUCGAGCCUUCGUCAACACCUUCCGAACACUCAGUCCUGAAUGACGCCCUUAGAGAGGAGCCAAUACAGCUCCAGCCCCCUCCGGGCCCAAAGGCUCCGUCGAGAGGCCCGAGCGGUCCGAGACCUGUGCUUGAGACUGUUGUAGAGAACAUAGCGCCCAACGGUAGCACCAGCUCAAAAGGGACCAAGGCGCAAUCUGAUGAGGAUGGACCUUCGACUAUCCGUGCUAAAGCAAAAGAUAACAAUAAUGGAGAAGCCUCCUCUAAACUCGCAGAGAGCGAGAGCGACGCUAACAUGAGUGACGGUCGGGGUCGCAGAACUAGCCAGAGCUCGACUAUCCGUCCCAAAAAUGUCGCCGCCAUCAAAGCAGUAUAUCCAGGUCUCGGUUCUAAAUCACGCGCUUCAGAAGGCACUCGAAACAUGACUGUCGAGACCGAGACUGUCAGCUCUAUUCCUCAGUCCCAGAUCGCAACCAUCGAUCGCUCCACCCUAGGAAGACCUGAUUUGGGAGGCUCUCUUCGCAUGAAGCCUAGCACCGAAACGAUACGACCAAGGAAGGAGAGAAAGCGAGCGACGCGUAAAGCGCCCUCGAUUAACAACGGAACGGCCUCUUCAAAGGCCGAUAUAUUCGAGGCCAGGGUCGCAAGUGCCGUCGAUGAAGCAAACUCUUCAGACUCGGACGAGACAUUUGUCUACGAAUCCAACCCUCCGGAACCACAGCACAGAGUCAGCCGGCAUCAUUCGCGUACACCCAGCGGAACAUCUCUCCACAGCCAGAGUGACUUUCGACACGGGAUGCGACCUUAUGGCGACCACCGUAUUGCUGGCAAGCGGAGCAUGAAGUUCUCUAAUAAUCCUUAUAGCGUCUUGGACAGCCCGGAAGCCAUGGGUGAUGGCACAGUCCGGGCACAUCAUGCCAGACACAUUGGUAGAUUCGGACGCCCUGGCGGCAGCAGCCGUACUUCUCUAUAUGACCAGGACUCGCCGUUCACCCAGGCUUCCAAAUUGCGCAGUACUACCUUGUCCGUUUCUGAGCGAGCACCUUCGCGGCCAGGCACACCGCGCAGCACGCAGAGCGCUCAACAUCGACCUUCGGGCCUAUUCGGCAAGAGGAAUGACAACUCGCAAUACGACUUUGAAGGUGAAGGCGCCGAUGACGAGCGUACACCCAUGUUGGGUAGCGUUAGGACACCGAGGAGUCAACGAACCUACGGCAGACGAUACAACAGCGACAACAGUAUGCGCUCGAUCGACUACUAUGGCGUCAGAGAGCCGCGCUCGCGAUUCAGCAGAGUCGGAGGACUUGUACUCGGACUUCUGGUAGUCAUGAUGGUGACGAUGGGUGCUGUUGGAUUGCUGGUCAUGUUCAACAAACCCUUGACCAAUUUCCAUGUGGACAAGAUCCAGAACGUUCUCGCAAGUGAGCAAGAAAUCAUGCUGGACUUGCUGGUUGGAGCCGUCAAUCCUAACAUCCUAAGCGUGACUGUUACGGAUAUGGACGUUAAUAUAUUUGCUAAAAGCAAGUAUGUCAACCCCAUCGGUAGAGACGAUGGUACCGUACUAGCAACAGCUCAGCGACGGCGUCUGGUCGCCAAGGGUGAGGCAGGCGGUACACCAUGGCAGGACGAACAUGGACACUGGCACGCAGGCUCAGGAGUGGACCAAGGCACAGACCCCAUCGAAGGCGACUCGCAAACCAUGCUGCUCGGCAGGAUCCUACACUUCGAUCAAGCUCUUUGCUUUGAAGGAUCACCACUCAAACGACACACGCACUACUCGUUGGGUGAGCUUCGUCUUGGACAUCCUGGGAAUAAAACAGAGAGCGGCGGAUCGGAACGAUGGGAAAGAGUACUCCAAUAUCCCUUCGAACUCAUCCUACGAGGAGUGCUGCGGUACCAACUACCGAUGAGCAACAGACACCAGACAGCGGCCAUCGGUGCCAGUGUAAUAGUACAUCCCGAGGACCCUAUAGACAGCCACGGACGUAUGCGUCUCGAAAGUGUAGACGACAGCGAGGAUUGGCAAUGGAUAGAAGGUGACUACUUGGACGGUGUCGAAGGAUUCAUGGCAGAAUUGCACUAACUAGCUGCAUCUCUGUCAUUGUAGUCGUCUAGACUUUUGUUCUUUUUUCUCAAGAUUUUAUGACUUCUUGACGUUUUAGCAUUUUGGAGCGAGUGGAGGGUAUUUGAUUAUUCCUCUUACGGAUGGAAGUUUUGUUUUAUUGAUUGAGUAUGGGAUCGGGCAAGCAUACAAUGGGAAAGGGCAGCGGUGUACGAUGACGAGCUGGAACAAGAGAUGGGGGAUUGGCUCAAGCCAUGUAUUGAACUUGUACAUGAACAGUUAGCUAGCCGUGUUGAAUGAUGCACGAACUGUUU